AUAGUAUCAUAAACCGAGCACCGAGUCGAGAGUUCUCGGCGAGCGCUGCGCAGACGCGGUCGGCACAAUGUUCACUGUAUUACUUACAAUUAUCGCUAUUGUACUAUUUUCACUGCAUCUUUUGUUCAAUUACAAUGAAAAUGCACGGCUGUUUAGGAAAAUACCCGGCCCUCAAGGAGUCUUUAUAGUGGGAAAUGCACUCGAGUACCUUGUCACUCCAGUUGAACUAUUCAAACAUCUAAGAAAAUUGGCGAGCAAAUGGGACCGAAUGUACAAGUUUUGGGCUUUUAACAUCGGUGCAAUAAACAUAUACGCGCCAGACGAUAUCGAGACGAUAAUUUCUACAACGAAACAUAACGGCAAAAGCCACAUAUACACCUUUUUAAGUCCCUGGUUGAAAGAUGGGCUACUCUUGAGUAACGGAGCAAAAUGGCAACAGCGGAGGAAAAUUCUGACGCCGGCAUUUCAUUUUAAUAUUCUACGCAAGUUCCAUACGUCAAUCGAGGAGAACACCCAGAGGAUGGUAGAGACGCUAGACAAAGCUCGGGGGAAGGAGGUCGACGUCAUACCUCUGCUGUCUGAGUUCACGCUGAACUCUAUUUGUGAAACAGCCAUGGGAACUCGCCUUACUGAAGAAUUAUCUGACGCCGGAAAACCUUAUAAAGCUGCAAUUUAUGAGCUCGGAAAACUCCUUGUUCAAAGAGUCACCAGAAUUUAUUUACAUGCAAAUAUCUUAUUUAACUUUUCAUCUAUUGGGAAAAAGCAGGAGAAAUGCCUAGACACAGUACACAGCCUUACAAGAAAAGUGAUUAAAGAACGAAAGGAGUACGUAGAAAAAAAUGGCUUCGAUAUUUAUGAAACAGACAAUGAUGACACAGUAUUCCUAAACCAGAGAAGGAAGAAAACAGCUAUGUUAGAUUUAAUGCUCUUAGCUCAAAAAGAUGACUUGAUUGAUGAUGAUGGCAUACAGGAGGAGGUUGAUACUUUCAUGUUUGAGGGACAUGACACAACAGCAGCUGGAUUAACAUAUUGUUUGAUGAUGUUAGCAAACAACAAUCAAAUACAGGGCAAAAUAUUUGACGAGUUACGUGAGGUGUUCGGAGCUUCAGAGCGAUCAGCUACUAUGGAAGACUUGACGAAACUGCGGUACCUAGAAUGCUGUAUCAAGGAAUCCAUGCGACUCUACCCGCCCGUGCCUUUCAUAAGCCGGACACUAACUGAAAAUGUUAAACUGGGGGAAUACAUAAUUCCAAAGGGGACGUACUGUCACAUACACAUCUUCGACCUGCACCGGCGCGAGGACUUAUAUCCGAACCCCACACAGUUCAUCCCAGAUCGGUUCUUACCAGAAAACUGUAUAGGCCGGCAUCCCUUCGCCUACAUCCCAUUUAGCGCUGGACCUCGUAAUUGUAUAGGACAGAAAUUCGCGAUGUUAGAGAUGAAAUCCGCAGUUUCAGCAAUAUUGCGGCGAUUUCAACUGGUACCUGUCACCCGGCCCGAAGACCUGAAGCUUGCCUCAGAUUUAGUAUUAAGAAACUCCGAACCUGUAUACGUCUCUUUUAUAAGACGAACAAUAUAAAUGACUGAUUUAACCAACUGCAGA